GAAAUUCUUGUUGAGAAAUCUGAUCCCACUUUAGUCAGCUGUGAUCUGUAGUCAUUGGUUCCUGCCCUGACUCUGACAGUUGGAAAACACUGUCUCUCAGUGAACACCUUCUAGACAGUUUGAACCAAUUCCCACCAGUACCCCUCAAUGACCCAGGCUUCUACAGAAUGAGUCAGAAAUAGGAAGAUGGUAUAUUGGAAUGGCGAUUGGAAUAUCAACACUACAGGACCUUCCUUCUUAGUCCUAUAUAUGGAAGAUAGACUCCUCCCUACAAACCAAAAAUAUUUCUGAGCCUUAGCUUCAAAGGAAGAGUGACUGGGAUGCUGUGAAAUCCGGUAGCUCAUUGGGAUCCUGGGAAAGGGACAAAGACCUGACUUACCCUUGACUGGAAAUGUGGAACCUAGAAGAUGGACGACAAUGAAGCAAAAUAUAAAUUCUCCAAGGAAGUCUAAAUACACAGAAGGCCAAACAAAAUUAUAUGAAAGGCAUGCUCCUGCAGGAUUCACAUCUAUAACAGAGAAAAAAGGUCCCAUUUUGUGGUUGCAUCAAGUGAACUAAAUGAACACAUUUUGGAAGAAGAUCGAGUAAAAAUUAAGUCAUUGAGCAGAAAUCAACUUGCAGAAGAAAAAAUUAAUUUUGUGGAUCACCUCUUCAUGCCUGUUCAGACGAUGCAAGGAAAUAAGAAAUACACGGAUGGACUUAGUGAUUCUUCAAGCAUCGGAAGUGUGUUGGAUGAUGCAGACAGAGAGGUCAGCAAUCUCACAGACAGGGCCUUUAGAAGUUUAUGUAUAUCUGAGGACACAUCCUUCAAUGAUUCUAAUCUUGUAAUUUCACCAGAUUUUGCUCAGCAGUUUUUUGGUAGUUUUCAACAGGGAACAGGCAGCCAUGCCAUCAAGAAAAGCAGUCUCUGCAAUAGGAUACAAACCCAUGGAAAUGAGCAUGCUAGUUGGGCAUCUACAUUCCAGCAGUUGCCCAAGUAUGUCCAAGGAGAGGAAAAAUACCUCAAAGACAACACACCACCUCCAGUCAGCACACGGAGAAAGCUGGAGAUCCCUGUUUCUGGUUUGAGGAGUAGUAAACCUGUCUCCAAAGUAUCUUCAUUAAUUAAAUCCUUUGAUAGAACAGAAAAUUCAAGUUCUGACAGCCUGCCUCCCACCAGCAAACACUCUGCUCUGAAAACUCCUCUAAAAUGUGCACCCCUCCCAGGAAGUGGUGUGAAUUUCUGCGUGGAUUCAGCUUUUUUAACUGUCAGGAAGGUACCUGCUGAAAUUUCCAAAACAUAUCAAAAUACCAGUUGGCCUAGUGGCAGGCAGGGGACACCAAAUUCACCAGUUUCUAAUGACCUAACAUCUUGUACUGAUGGUUUUCAACCACCCCCUAUGGAUGCUUCCAAGACAUUUGAAUCAAAUGCCCAUCUUCCACCAACAAAGCCAGCAAAGAUUAAGGGUGGAAAAGCCAAUGAACAGGCAAGCAAAGGGAAUUUUCUGCAUAGUGAGAACAGUGCUUUUGAGUCAUGGAAUGCACAUCACAAGAAAUUGCUUGAGAGGAAAGAAGCUGAUGAACAUACUCCAGAAAUCAAAGCUCCCCCAAACUGUGAGGAAAACCCACUACCACUAAGAGAGAUCCACCCAAGCAGGCAUGAAAUAUCACCCAGCCACACCAGAGUACGCAUGAACCCAGAAGAGAAGACUCUGGCAGCAGGAGUUCCAUCUGCUUCUCUUUCCCAAGUGUCUAAUGUUCAAUCAGUUUCUGAAUCCCAAAACUUUGUCACGGAGGAGAAGGUUCCCAGUUCAGAAUCCAAGGUUCAGGUGGAAACUUCACGAGCCCCUUGGAGGAGAUCAAAACUCAGCAAAGGAGGAAAAGAGAAAACACAUGAUCCUUUAAGUGAAAAGAAAACUGAUGGAAAAGACCCAUCUUUGAAUAAAAGGCCAGAUCCCAAAGUAGACUUUCCUGAAAAUGAAGUAAUAGAAGAACAAGUAAACUCAAAUGAAUGUUAUAAUCCUCAUUUUAACAUCAGUAAGCUUUUGACACCUGUCAUACCAACAAAACAAGUUCUAGACUCACUAGAAAAUCAGUCAGGGAUGGCAACACUCCCUCCCCAAGAAAAUUCAAUGGGAUCAAGUGAGCAUGAGGGAAGAGGACUUAAUGAAUAUCAGUAUCGAGACAGUUAUAAGUCAAAAGUGCCUAGUUUGUUGUUCAAUCUCAAGGAUGUCCGAAAGCGAGUCAAAAGUACUUAUAGUGCUUCCCCUCUCCUAAAAAGCCAUGAUGAGAAAACAAAAGCUAGGGAUCAUGUCAAGCAAGAAAAUAUAAGCAAUGGCACUUUCAUGUCCAAUGGAUCUGAAGAAAAUCCCCUACAUACGUCAAAUAAGGACAAACUGAACCACCAGCCCUAUGUCAACAUCAAGGAGAAGGAUCAUAAAGGAGAUAUUAAUGGAGAUCUCACAGAUAAUUAUCUAACUCUUAAUUCAACUCAGACUCUGGAAGAACUGUCCUAUGUGAAUGGGGACAUUUCAGAACAGAAUGAUUUCAAGAAUGAUGACAUAGACUUCAGAGAUCCUAGGAACAGUGAUACAGACACUCAGCAGUAUCACCACCAAGCAAAUGAGCACAAUUUAAUGAAAAGUCGGCCUCACCUGUCCUUGAAGAUUUGCAAUAGAGAUCUAGUGGAUGGAAAAGUUGAGGACAAACUGAAUAUUCACCUCCUUGAAAAUGGAUUACCAAGAUCCAUUUCCCAGGAGACUGACCAGGAGAGAGAUGCAAGAUCACAAAAUGCAAAUUUCAGCCAGAAAAUCUCACCAGGUCCACUUUCCCCAGAAGAAGAAGAUGUGUUUUAUAGUGACACCCAGUCUGAUUUCAUACCAAACCUCAAAAGCAAGGCCAAAAUAAGCACGAGCUCUUCAGACCAAUCAUUUGCCUCAUUUGAGGAUCAACAGAAAACAUGGUUUACAGAAUGCCAAAGGGAAGACAGAAAGAGUAGUGUGAGCCUAGAGGAAAGUCAGAAAAAUGAAAAGAGAGAAAAAGGUCUAAGAAAGGAUGAUUUGCAGUACUAUUCUUUAAGUAAUGGUUUUGCUAGCGUAGAAGACUGUAACAAGGAGGAAAUGUCGCAGAGAGAAGGUGAAAGUAUGUCCAGAGAUAGUGUGAUGAUUGAGUCAAAAGAAGAAGCCAACUGCAGAGAUGUUUGGUUAGAAGAUAAGAAUACUUCUCUUCCUGAUACCAAAAAUCCUCCAUUAUCACUUUCCCCAAAUUCAAACAAGCACAUUAUGUUUACAAUCAAAGACAACACCUUCAAAUCAUCUCCAGUGAUCAAGCCUAUCAUACUGCCACUUCUGAGGACUUCAUCCUCAGAAAAUGCCCAUAACAAUAGCAACAGGGACACAGAGAACAGAUUGGUAGAACACAGAGAGAACACUCACCUCUACCAGCUAGAAUCCCAAGAUAUACCAAAUGCUCAAAAAAAUGGCCAGCUAGCAACAUCAAACAGUCAGAGAUCCAAUGCCUACAAAAAAAUCUACAGGAGCAUCAGUGAUAGUGGACAGGUUUUUGGAUCAGUAAAGACAGAAAAUUUCCAGCCAAUUUCAGAAGCCACUCUUCUGGAAGAUGAGAGCAACUCCCCAUUCUUCCCAUUAAUGAGAGAUAGUGAUGGUGUCAGGUCUUCUCAGAAUUUGUUAAAUAAGGUUGUGGCCAGUGAUCUUGAAAACCAUUACGAGAAUAAAGAGAAACCUAUUGCCUUCAAAGUCAAACCCACCAUCAUUUUACCAGAUGAAGAUUCUGGGGAACAACUACCAGCAAGGCAAUUCGGAGAAGCCCAUUCAGAAGAAAAGACUCAGUGUUCUAGAAACCACUUACUGUCCACUCCCAGGGAAGGGUCUUUGGUGAGAAAUAUAGUCGCUAGUGAGAUGAUAAAUUCACCGGUAACUAGCUCCAUAGUGGACAGCAGUGUUUAUUCCCCGUCAGCCAGCACCAUAUUGGAUGAUGCCCCACAGGGUCCUCUAGACCCAGGUAUAUUGCAGGGAGAUUUGCCAAACUCUGCCAAAACAAGUCCCUUGACCAGCACAUGUUCCAGCAUACCCAGCCUAGCAUCAGAAAGAAAGAGUGGUGCCAAAACAGCAAGGGAAGACAUUACACACUCUGUAGUCCCAAGUAUUGGAGGUAACCCGCAAUUUGAUUCAUCUGCUGAAGAAACCAUGGCUUUGUCCACAAGGGAUGCACUAUUGGAGGAGACUAGCAGCUGGGCAGCUCCCUAUGAAAGAUCACCCUCUACUGUUCACAUGGAAAAGUCAGUGAGCAAACCACCAGCAGUCCCACCAAAAACUGAAAAGGCCCUAAGGCGAGCAAAGAAAUUGGCAAACAAACGGAAAAAGAUGGACCUGCAACAAGAGAAACUGUAUGAAAUCCAGGAGGAAAGCCCUCAGAUGGAAGGUGCAGAUGGGAUUUGGAAAAGGCCUUUAUCCCCUGUAGAGAUUCCACAAUCCAACUUCCCCAGGGUCCGUUCCCUUCCUCCUCCAAUUCACCGGCACUCAGUGGCCACACUCUCUGAGUCCAUAAGGAGGAGACCCAGUGGUGCUCAGUCUGUAAUCCCUAUGUCCUCCUACCCUGCCACUCAGAAGAAAGUCCUCCAGGAUCCUCACUCUGGAGAGUACUUUGUGUUUGACCUACCACUCCAGGUGCGAAUCAAGACAUUCUAUGACCCAGAGACUGGCAAGUAUGUUGAAGUAUCAAUCCCUUCUUCUGAAAGGGGGUCCCCUGAAAUCCCCUCUUCAGAAAUUUUUAAUUCUCCUUACUUGGUAUAUCCUGGCCUCCACCCUCUACCAGUGACUUCUUUAACACCUCUGAGAUCCUCCUCACAGCUCUCAGCACCCACUUUUCUAAGGCAGGAGCCUCAAGCCAGGGAGUCAGCUGACCACUGGCUCCAGAGCUUCAGAAAUGCCAAACACCCAAGUCCUCAGGCAUAUGCUGAACCCAUACAUAAUUCUCCAAGUCAUCAGAGAGAGGAAGUUCCACAGAGUUUGAAAAAGGACCCAAGUGAGGCUCAAAAUUUGGACAUUAUUUCCAUGGAUGAUUUAGAGGACUUUGCUUCAGAAGGAAUCUCUUGAAAAUUAAAUUUAUUUUCAACCCUCUCCACGUCUAUCACCCUUCCCCACCCAAAAAUAAACAAAUAAAGCCCACCCCUCUCCCAGAAAAAAUUUUACAUACAUUCAGGCAUCUCCUUGAACAUAUUUAUUUGAAAAUGGCACCUAAUGCAAAAUUUAACACUGGAAUUUUUUUUUCUAAAGAAUAAAUCCAAUUGAGGGAUUUUGUCCUCUCUAAGUUAGGUUACCCUCCCAACUCUUAAAAAAAUCUGCUACUGUUUGGGUGUUACAAAAUGGCCAGUCUAUGAGAAGGGUAGUGAUUGCAUGAAUAACCCUCCCACUUCUCUCUUUCCCUUCUCCUCUCCCAUCUACCCCACUUCCUUGCUGCCACCCCCAAUGCUGCUAAAGCUGCUAAUGCCACCAAACAGAGAGGAUUCAUCACCAAGAAAUCCUCUCAUCCAGGGUUGAAGUCACUAAGGAUGAGAUCUGAGCUUAUGCUUCACUUGGAGAAUGUCUGUUUAGACAUCUUUCCCCAUUCUCUCCCCUUACUGAAAGUGAAGUGACUUCCAGCUCUGCCAAGGGAUGUUGUAUGGACCCUCCCAAGUGAGUUUGGUUGGGAGUACUCCUUAAACUUCAAUCAGUCGGAUACUCAUCACACUCCCUUUCCCACCCCCACAAGAAAAAAUGAGACUGUGAUUACUGUGGUUUAUCAUACAGAAAAUAGAAAAUAAAUCCUAUCUCUCAUUUACAACCCGGCAGUGCCAAUUUCAUGUAGACAGAGAGCUCACCCACAAGUUCCCAGAUCACUUUCUCUGUCCUCCACAUCUCAGGCUAAAUCUCAUGCAGUGUGAAAACUCUUCCCUGAAGAACCAGAAGACAGUUGAAAAGUUUAUUUAGGGUAAGAAAAGGUAUUGUUUCUAUAAUGAAACAUUCUUCUAGAUGUCAUCUGAUGAGUCAAAAAAACUUUUUAAUAAUGUUUAAUAUCUAGUUGAUAGAUAUCAUUCUGUCUUUGGCCUGAUGUCAUUUAUUGAGAAAAGUGAUCAAAUAAAGCAGCCAGGUGAUACUCCUGAUGCUGCUCUUUUGGCGCCA